AUGCUCAAACUGGGCUUCAUCCCCAUCUUAGUGGUGACGCUACUGGGCUACUCCGGCCAACAACAUUCGCCCCAUUCGAUCCGCAUUGAGCGGAACACAAACUGGCCCGCCGCGGAUCACGAAUUCGCGAAGCGAUUGCCCACGUGGUCUCAGGAAAUACAACACUUUCUCAAAUCGCUUGAGAACACGCACCAACUUACCUCAUCGGACAUUCGAAUGGUGUAUGGACGUUGUGCAAGCAGUCCAAAACAUCUUGAUGCGCAUCAGGUGGAGCAUAGUGCGUAUAUCAUCAAUCAGUCGGAGUUCUGUGUGCUUCGACCUCAGAUGAAGUUACUCAUCGUGGUUCACUCACACCCAAGCAACACGCAUCGACGUCACCUAAUACGUUCCACAUGGGCGUCGAUGAGGCGGGUGGCACUGGAGCAGAUAGCGACUAUAUUUUUCCUCGGAAGAGCGACGAGUGAGGCGCAGCAGCAGAAGAUAGAGGAGGAAAACCAGCUGUUCCAGUAA